CCAAAGACAAAGGAUUGAACGACAGAGUGGAAAAUUUUGAGGCAAGUGUGAGUAUGAAAGAAGUAGAAACGCUGUGGGAAGAGGUCAGAGAACUGAGCCUGGGGAAGUCGGGGAGGGUGGAGCGGCUGGAAUCGCCUCCGACUCCACUCCGCUUCCUGAGGGAAUUCGUGUCGCCCAACAAGCCCUGUCUCAUCUCCAACGCCACUCUCCACUGGCCCGCACUCUCCUCUUGGUCCCACGAUGACUACCUCUCACGAGCCCUAUCAAACGACGUCGUCUCCCUUCACCUCACCCCAAAUGGGCGAGCCGACGCCCUUGUUCCGGCUCCUUCCACAUCCUCUUCCUCCCUAUGCUUCGCCUCCCCUUAUGUCCACCGUCUGCUCUUCCCUGAAGCUUUGCGCCUCAUCCUCUCUUGCGGGAAUGCCAAUUCUUCAGGGACCGUUGCGUACGCGCAGCAGCAGAACGAUUGCUUCCGGAGCGAGUACUCUGCGCUAGCUGCGGACUGUGAGCGGCACAUACCAUGGGCCUCACAAGCCCUGGGUUGCCUCCCUGAAGCGGUCAACCUCUGGAUUGGUAACCAUCUAUCUGAGACCUCCUUCCACAAGGAUCAUUACGAGAAUCUCUAUGCCGUUGUUUGUGGCCAAAAACAUUUCCUCCUCCUUCCUCCCACCGAUGUCCAUCGCAUGUACAUUCGUCAAUACCCUGCUGCACACUACUCCUUCUCCCAGGAUUCUGGACAAUUGAAACUGGAACUUGACAACCCCGCUAGAAACGUGCCUUGGUGCAGUGUGAAUCCCUACCCUUCCCCAGAGACUAAAGAUGCAGAAAUCUCCCAAUUUCCGUUAUAUUUUAAUGGCCCCAAGCCGUUGGAGUGUACAGUCAAGGCUGGGGAGAUUCUUUACUUGCCAAGUAUGUGGUUUCAUCAUGUUAAACAGACUCCAGACAGCAGUGGACGCACCAUUGCUAUAAAUUAUUGGUAUGAUAUGCAGUUUGAUAUCAAAUAUGCCUACUUCAACUUCCUGCAGUCAAUUUCAUACCCAUCAACUUGUAAUCUGAAGUUGGCAGGAACAGAAUGUGAGGAUUCUGGUUCUGAUGUGUGUGCAUGUCUUUCAAAAUAUGCACCAGUCGCUGAUGUUGUAAGGAUGAGUAAAGAUGGUGAAGGUGAAUAAGCAAUAUGGGGGUUAGAUAUUUUAUUUGGGAGCUGCUUAGGUAGGGACAGCAAAGAAUUUUCAGAAAGAACUUACCGGCACCAGUUAUUAGUACAUUUACAUGAACAAUUUCUUUACUGAUGCCUGGUCUGUUGUUUAAUAUGAUAAGGCCAUUCCCGCAUGUUGGGCCCAUAUGGACUAUGGAUUCUUCUUUCCUAAUGGUGCUUUUGGUAUUAACUCUGCUGGAAAACCAAGACUUGAUACACUAGAAUGUAUGUUGUUUUUUUGGGUUGCUGAUUGCUCUAACUACAGUUUUGAAA